CCGUGGUUAAGUAAGUUCACUGACAUUAACCUCGUGGACGAGGUAAAGUUGUGCUGGACUUGACGCAUCCUCUGAAUAUGUUUCUGCGAGCGGCGGCCAUCCUGCUUCUCACUGUGGUGUCAUCUUCGGGAGAUUCCGUGCCGGAGUUCGAGGACUGCGGCUCGACUGUUGGUGCGAUCAACUACAUCGACAUAACUCCUUGUAACAGCGACGUCCGGUGUGCCAUUCCCCGGGGCAUCAAUGCCAGUCUCUCCGUCACCUACACUGCAAAAGGGCAGAUCACCUCAGCUAAAACCUUCAUCUGGGGAAUUAUUGACAACACUUUGUUCCCAUUUCCGGUUCCGCCGGAUGCGUGUCAGUACAUGAAGUGUCCUUUACAGAACGGAGACUCGGCUGCCUACAAUAACACAUUCUUCGUUUCGGAAGCAUUUCCAAAGAUAAAUGUGACGGCCAAGUUCCAGUUGGUGGAUCAACUCGACAGACGUAUCAUCUGCUUCACUGUACCCAUCCAGGUCCUGUGGUGAUGGUCACAUCUAUUUAUACUUAAUAAAACUCCUUACGAAGCAAA